GAUGGUGGAACAGUUGGUGGUGAUGGUGUAGAAGUGGUAUCUGGUAAUGACAUGAGUGGAGGCAGUACAUCCGAGGAUGACGAAGACGGAAACAUUGGAGUUGGCGAAGGUGGAAACAUUGGAGUUGGCGAAGGUGGAAACAUUGAAGAUGGUGAUGACGAUGGUUGGAAGACAGAAAGAUUUUGA